UCAGCAGUCUGGCUGUUGCUCUUUGCUUGCAAGCAAUUAUCAGAGAGCAAUCAGCAGCCCUUUACUAGGUAUUUGCUGGCUCAAAAUUUCCAACUUCAAACAGCAUGUCACAUUCAAAAGCAGCCUAUUUCUAUCACUAUCUCGACCUUUCCGCACUGUUCGACAUCUCUCACCAUCUGCGCGUUCCUUGACGUUUGAUCUGGACUCUUGGGGGGGCCUUAUCAAUUGUCGUCGCGGACGCUCGCUGUUUGAGCCAACAUGGCAACAAACGCACCAUACUAUCAGCUUCGCGGCCAGUUCACCACAGACGCAAACGCGCAAUUCGGAACCGAUGACGAUGACUACGGGCUCUCCUCUUCUCUCACCCCGCACAAUGCCUCCCUCUACUCCGACGCCCAGAAUACCGAGAAUCAGUCUGCUACACUAGAGGAGAAUCACAAUCUUGUUGAGUUGCUGGAAGCCGCGACUACGGCUGCCGAACAAGCUGCUGAGGCCAUGAAUGUCGAGCGUGGAGAUAUGGACGCGGCUACUCAGAGGAGAGGCAAGAGGAAAAGGGACACCAGGCCUCCUGCUGAAGAGGUGGGCAGCGUUGCUGCCGCGCAUACGCAAGAAGACGGCCCGUCGAGAAACAAGCGCGCUAGAGUGCAUGUGCCAACAGAUCCUCAACUCCGCUCUGAGCAAGACAACAUGGCGUCGUCGGAUGAGGCUCUCCUGAGCGACGCUCGUGCUGCCGGUGUCCACUCCGCUGCUGCUCUCUUCAGGCGGACAUCGAACCAGACUCCCAAGAAGUACACCCGCCCUCCCAUGUCAAAGCUGUUCAUGUCGCUCCAGCUCUCUCCCGAGAGCUUCCUACACCUUCAAGCGCGGGCGAAAGCGUACAUGCUUGAUCCCGCGUGUCCCGAGCGGCAGAACUGCGUGGGCAACCGUGGCAAAGGGGAUAUAGAUAUGGUGAAGCUGCGACUCUUCAGCUGUGUCCGCGACUUUCUGAAGGACGGUGUUGGCGAGCAGUUCUUUGGCGAGAAUGUGGAGAAGCCAGCCGAGACAGAUGCCAUUGAGGCCGCCAGAGCACUGGGGCAGGAAAGGCUCCCUUCGGAGGGGAAGCUGGUCUGGCCAAGAGACGGAAACAAGAUCAUCAGCCUCGUCACGCCGCUUCUCCGACGCAUGGUUACGAACGAGCGGCAAAGGAUGUAUGCCAUCGAAACGAGGAAAGGAGGUGUGAAGAAAAAGGAAGGCAGUGUCGAUUCCACGCCUUCACAAACUUACAAAAGCGACUUCAACGUCGAGGGCAUCAGCAACCAUGGAGAUCACAUUAUACGGGGAACCUGCGACACUGGGAGUCCCAACGAUCUAGACAUGGAUCUGCAAUCGACAUCCACUUUCCAACUGCCCAUCAUUCAGCAACCAUCAAUGGAGAGUCAAGAGCACAUCGGGGAGGUAGAUUAUUCGAAAGGAGCGCAUCAGCGACCCGCUCCUUCCUCAGCCCGUAACUUGGAGCAAUUUCAGACCAUCCUUGACCCAACUCUGAACCACUCUAUCGCCCAGACACAGGCUCAAGUCCGGCAUUCCCAUCCGCUAUCUCCAACCACAUCACUACCAAACCAUCAUUCCUCAAACCCUGACCAGCCAAAUCACCAAUCGUUGUCCAUGUCUCCCAUUCUAGUGGGCGCUAUACAACCUAAAGGGGUGCCGUCUUCCUCUUCCGACGAUGCGGCCAUCGAGUUUGAGGGUAUCCAGAAGCGCCCGCUGCCUACUGAGAAUGAAUGGCACCUCUUCAGUGUCAAUACCUACCUGACAACAAAAAGCGGCGUUAAGCUUGAACCGCAGAGGAAAUACACUGGGAAUAUGCGAGCCUAUAGUUACAAUCAGCUAUCAUCACACGUCGAGACACUGGUUCGUCGAGCAGUAGCAAUCCACCCACGACUAAGCCCUACGAUAGGCAUAGGUAUGGGCUCCGAGGAACUGCGCAAUCUUGCUGUCGCCGCAAGCAACAUCCAAAAUAGUGAAGGCGGAUCUGAGGGAGCUAAAGCCAUCGUAGAAAACCGCUUCGACUCUGUCGCUGAACCUCUGAAGACUCCAACAGCAACGGAUAAAAAGCCCCUAGAUGCUUCUCUACGGGCAAACAACAAGCAUAUCGUUCCUCUCUACUACCCCACCUCAUCGUCUGUCAAUUCCCCCGAGGUCCUGAACAACACGGCUGACAAAAACAUUGCUUCCUCGCUCGCCCAAACCAUCAACUACCCGCUCGCACAGUCCCCACCUCUCCGCUCUUCCAGCAGCGAUCCACAAGCCUCAGACUCCUCGACUCGCGCACUACCUCCUUCUCGAGGACACAGCCCUCUCCCACCACCCAAGUCACACCUCAAAUCUCCUUCCGCCGAGCUCCCCAGGGAGUCACCGUUGCCGAACUACAAAGUCCAGGUGCUCACCGCGCAAGGUUUGACGACCGUAGAAAAUGCGGAUGGGUGGGAGUACGCGAAGCAGGACAUUGGGAUCUCGGCUUGGGCGGAGGGUGUUGUUAGGGUGGUUGUGGCAAUUGAAGACAAUGAGGGACAGUAGGGUGGAUGUCGUGGUAUACGGGUGUGGUUUCUAUACUGCUAUUUUACGCCGUCUUUGAGGAUACUUUGCUGUUUUACUCUUUAUAUGGGAGUCUUUCAUUUCAUUUCAUUGUCUCUGUUGAUGAUGGUUUAGAAGUUCAUGUUCUUCCAUUUAGCUCUGUACUUGCAUUUACUCGGCUUUGGCAUGUAGAAGGAUGGGAAUGGAUGCAUACAGGCAUAGUUAGAGCAUGUUCGCGCCUAUCUUAGAACAUCAACAAG